AUGAAUAGAAAAGGUAAGUAUAACCCCUUAAACAACUCCAGUGAUGGCGACAUUACUGACAACUACAGUGGGGACUACAUUACUGACAACUACACUGAUGACAGCAAUACUGAUAACUCCAGUGACGACUACAUUACUGACAUCUACAGUGACAACUACAGUGAUGACUACAUUACUGACAACUACCGUGACGACUACAUUGCUGACAACUACGGUGACGAGUACAUUACUGACAACAACAGUGACGACUACAUUACUGAUAACUAUAGUGACGACUACAUUACUGACAGCUACAGUGACAACUACAUUACUGCCAACUACAGUGAUGACAGCAAUACUGACAACUCCAGUGACGACUACAUUACUGACAGCUACAGUGACAACUACAUUACUUACAACUACAGUGACAACUACAUCACUGACAACUACAGUGACGACAGCAUUACUGACAACUACAGUGAAAACUACAUUACUGACAACUACAAUGACGACAGCAUUACUGACAACUACAGUGAUGACAGUAAUACUGACAACUCCAGUGACGACUACAUUACUGAAAACUACAGUGACGACUACAUUUCUGACAACUACAGUGACGACUGCAUUACUGACAACUACAGUGACGACAGCAUUACUGACAACUACAGUGAUAACUACAUUACUGACAACUACAGGGACAACUACAGUGAUGAGUACAUUACUGACAACUACAGUCACAACUACAGUGACGACUACAGUGAUGACUACAUUACUGACAGCUACAGUGACAACUACAUUACUUACAACUACAGUGACGACUACAGUGAUGACUACAUUACAGACAACUACAGUGACAACUACAUUACUGACAACUACAGUGACAACUACAGUGAUGACUACAUUACUGACAACUACAGUGACAACUACAUUACUGACAACUACAGUGAUGACAGCAAUACUGACAACUCCAGUGACGACUACAUUACUGACAACUACAGUGACGACUACAUUACUGACAACUACAAUUUUGAUUGCUCUCAUUGUUUUUACUUCAGAUUUUGA